ACAUUAUCUUAAAUGUUUAUAGUCUCGUCACAUAAUUUGUCAAAACAGACCUCUUCAUUCAAAUUCCAUUCAAUUCCGUCUUCAGUACAAAUGACAAGUUAUCAUUAACUUUUAAUCACAGAGAGAAAUCAGAGUACAUAAUAAGUGAUAUUUACUAUUUACUGAUGUUGUGGUAAAAUAAUUUGUCCAUUUAACUGUGGUUAGUUAGGUUAUAUGGUUGCUCUGUAAUACAUAUCAUUAUAUUUAAUAAACCAGAGUUUGAACUAUUUUAUUUUGGAAAUAUAAAUUCCUUUCGUUUUUACAUUUAAGAAGAGAUACUUCAAAACUUUUUUUUAAUAUGAACAAUUCUGCAGCAAAGGUAGGAGAAAUCUUUAGGGAGGCAGGAACUGCCUUCAAUAAACUGUCCGAGAUGACAAUGCUUCUACAUCCUAUGGGAGACACACAACCAGGAGGUAAAUGGACAGAUGAAGAAAUUGAAAUGCUCCGUAGCUGUGUACAUCGCUUUGCAGUUGAUCUCAAUAAACUAAGUCAGCACAUAAAGGCCAGGACAGUUUCCCAAAUUCGAACUACACUAAAGAAAAAGGCCUUUGAAGAUGCAGGUAUACCAGUAAGGCAGGUAAGCAGUACGGUGACCAGCACAACGCAGCAGACACCUCAGGUAGUCCCACCACUGAGCAUCAUCAGCCAACCGAGCGUGUUAGGAAACAACGCUGAGGUAACAUUGAACAUGCUGAACGCUUCAGAAAAUGAAGUGGAUGUUGAAGGUCUGACCGGGGAUGUAAAAUUGGAGUUUGAAGCCAGUAACGAGGAAGUGGUUGCCUGAAACUUGUUUAAUCUUUCGUACUAAUCGGGUAACAGUCUUAUUUUGCACUGAAGCGUACUUUACAACAUACAACACGAACUUAAUACAAAUUGACUAAGCAUCUUGCAAGUAAUAAUAUCUAAUAUAUUUUGAAAGAGACUGUCUUAACAUAAAAAAUAUAUCUAUUGUAUUAAUAAAAUAUUUUUCAAUGAAGUCUUAAUAAUUAACAAGUUGGAUCUCAAGUAUAUUAAUGUAACAAAUACAAGUCUAUUUUGAAUAUUUUAAUUUAGAUUAUUUAAAAAUAAUAUAAACAAAAAUUACUUGCAAACGCUUAUAUCAAAUCGCUUAUGUCGUAAGGCUAUUUCACGCCUCAGUGCUUAAUAGGCUUAGAGCUUACUUUAAAUGGCUUGUGGAAAUAAUAAGAACUAUAUCCAAUUAAUAAAUAAUUUGUCAUUUAUAAAAAAAAUAAUGUACCAGAUUUUGAUAAAAUUGUUAUAAUAUUAAACCCCACUUAAUUGGAUAAUUAAUACAUGAAAUAUAAUAUACAAUACAACACGUAAUCGUUAAAAAAAAAACUUUUUUGUGACUGAAAUGUUAUUAACUUUUUUUUUAUACAUUAUUAAAGUCGACCUUAACUGAUAGCAAUAUAUAGUGUUGUCUCCUCUAAUUAUAAUCAAACAUACAAACGUUCAACAACCCAUUUUACAUACGAGCAGCCACAUAAAAGAUUUUUUUAAUCAUAAUUAAUUGAAAAAACUGACAUAUCUUUUAACUAUAAGCAAGAAAUUGCUAAUGUUAAUAUAAAAUCUAUAAUACUAAAAUGUUGAUAUAAUUUGAGUAAUGUUAGCCAUGGUAAUAAUUUUAUCCGCAAGCCAUAACCCGAUAGUACGAAGAAAAAAAUCGGAUGGGAAAAAAAAUGGUAGGUACCUAAGAUAUUUUAAGUUUCAAUUUAUUUUCAAGUUUUGGUGUCUAAAUAUAUAUCAUUAGUCUUGUGAAAAUCAUCAAAUUUUAGUAUAAAUAUUAUGCAUAAUUUUUCUUAUAUUUCUAGAAGUUAUAUUAUAAAAGAAAGUUUUUAGUAAAUUAACUUACAACAUACACAUACAUAUAACAUACAUCGUGUGCGUGUGGUGACGAUUUUAUAGACGCGGAUUCGCGUUUCCAUAACACAGUUGUAUUUAUUAUUAUUAUUGUAUUUAUAACUCAUCAGAAAUAAUAAGUAACGCGCCAUAAUAUUAUUUAUGAUAAUUUUGUGAGUGGAUCACACCUGAACGUAAAAAAAAAUCGCUGAAAAGCGCGCUUUGCACUGGAUAGGUUGAAAACCAUAGUACUUUAAUAUGCCUCUAGAGUCUAGACUGUAAAUAUAUUGUACAUUUUUCAAAGUAGUCCACUUUUAUAAACUUUUGUCCCGCAUAUGGCCUUGACAUGGUAUAAAGAUACCAUUUAAUACGACUUACAUAUUCAUAAAUCAUAUCCCCUUUCUCCGUUAUGGUGUUGACCCAACUAUUAAGAAAUAUUUUUACAAUCUUUGUUUUUUUUUUCAUAUUUAUAACCCAUUCAUGCAACAUCAUCUAUUUGACAUUUUUACAUACUCUAAUAUAAUUAACAACAUUUUUUUUCUUUUGUUUAAAAAAAUACACAGACCUUAUUCAAAAGCAAUAUUCAAUACAGGCAAUAUACAUUAUGUUAAACCGAUCAUAUGUAGUUAGUUUUAAUUUAUUUCUGAAUUACAUCAACAUUCGAUAAACUAUUCUUUACUAAACAAUAGUUGAAUGGUUAAUUAUGACGGAAAGAGAUAUUAUGUGUGAGAGAAAUGUAUAGUUAAUUUAAAUUGGGUAUAAUAAGAAAAAAAUUCUCAAAUUAAACCUUUUACUUAUAUUGGCGAGUCUUCCGACUGGGCAAGUAACAUAAUUUUUAUCCAGACAAUUAUCGGGUAAUUCUCGUUGUUUAUAUAUGCAUGGGCGUUGCAGAGUUCCAGCAGUAAAACCCCAGAUGAUGUUGAAUCGCGUAAUAUGAAUAAUUUGCGUUAUAUUUAAUGAUCGUGGAUACAGAUAGCAACUCCCAUGUUUACGACUAUUUCCAAUUCUUCAUAAUAUUUGUAAUAAUGUAUUUUGUUAGAUACUUAGGAUCAUGACAGAAUAAAUUGUUAGUAAUAAUUGAUGACAACACAACGUCAGUCAAAUUAAGUUUAGUUUCGACGCAGAUAUAUAGUUACAGUUAAUAGCUUAAAAUUGUAUAACUUAGCAUAAAAAAAUAGAAAAAAUUAUACGAAAACCUUGCAUAUAGCAAAAUAGAAAAAACCAAGGUUGGAAUUAAAAUUAAAUGAUUAUUGAUAUUUAAUAUAAAUUCUUUAUUAUAAUAAAAAAUAGACAUGUUUAUGUAAAAAACUUACUUGCACUGUAUUCAAGCGCUCAUUCUAUUACAAUCUUUCAACGUGUGAUCUUAUUAAGUAGUUAUUUCUAAGUACCUUAAUAUUUUAAGUUUCUUUCUUAGCCCAAUGGUAAUCAAUAAACUGUCUGUUCACUGGUAUUAUUAAUAAGAGUAGAGAAUUUCAUUAUACAUAAUGUUUAUAUUAUGUGUAACCUCACCUUAGACAACUAUUUUACUAUAUCUCUCCAAAGACUAAGGUAUAGGUUAAGAGUAGAAACAAAUCUACGAUGCUAAAUAUUUUCAUUCACAAAUUUUAACUUAAAUAUUACAAUAAAUAUUUAUAUAUUAUUAUACAUACACGUUUUGCAUAUACUAAGAAAUAAUAUUUAUAUAAAGUAAGCAAUAAUUCUUUAUAGUUAUAAAGUUUUAAACAAUAAGAAUGAUAUAAUAUAGUCGGGAUAAACACUUCAAAGAAUGUAAACAAAUAUUUUUUGUCUACUUCCAAAAUUAUUGCGUAUAACUAUAAUAUAGAUUGUUUUAUACUGUCAAAAGCAAAAUUGUAACUGUAUUAAUGAAUAUACACAAACAUACACUACUUCGGUUUGAAAACCAUGAUGACCUCUUUUGAUCAAUAAAAAAAUCGAAAAAGAA